UAAUUAUGAUACUUAAAUGAAUAUAUUAACAAAUAAGUCUUAUAACGAUUCAAUCGCCCAAUCCAAACCAUUCAUUUUGAGUAUACCAAGCAAACCAAUCAUUUCACCAUCUCUAUGAUUCUUAUUCAAAAAGUAAAGGAACUCUACUCUUUGUUCCUACUGAUUAUUUGAUAGACCGACACAAAUUACGUUGUAAUAAAUUGUAAUUAAUUUUUCGCUUAUCCUUUACCAUUAGUUAAUUAAGGAAGGCUUUUGCAUCAGUGGAAAAAAUUCAAUAGAAAAAUAUAGUUGACUUACAAUUGCUGAUUUAAUCAAAUUAGACAACUAUUUCCAUUGCCUGGAAAAUCAAUCCAGCACAAGCCUGAUCUCAACAGUUUUUGAUAGCAAUCACAUAUAUUCCUUUUAUGCAUCCAGAUGAUAACUUAUUAUUCUUAUCGAUUGUGGUAAUUCAACCUGGAUUUUAUGGAAAAUAAAUGAAUGAUUAAAACCUUUUGUGUUUAAUCAAAAAAUUGAAUCCAAUUGAGAUUUUACUUUACAAGGCAACAUAGAACCAUAUUGAUUGAUACGAUUUGUCGUUGUGUUACAAUUAUAAAUGUUCAUAGUGAAACAAUAAACUGGCUCAUUGGUGAUGAUUAAGUGAAUUAUUAUUACUAUACUAAAAAAUUCUUCUAAUCAAACCUAAUUCAUUUCAAUCCUGUGAUAAUCAAAAACAUUGUCUUUUCUCAAUGAAAAUUGAAACAAUUUCCCCAACAAUUUUAUCGGCAGCAAUAGUAUCAAUAUUUUGUGUCUAUCGAUCUGCUCAAUAUUGUGUCACAUUUGAUUUUGAUGAUCCAACAUCCAGAGAUAAUUUUAAAUCUUUGAAAUCAACAAUAUUUCAAUUGGAUAACAAUUCAACGGUAAACAUUAUCAGUCCAGGGUAUCAUAUAUUUGAACAUUAUCCAGACGAUAUCCUCUGUUCGUGGAUAUUGAUCGCUCCGACCGGUUCUCUUAUAAAAGCCAUUUAUCAAGAUUUUAACUUGGAAGUCAGUUUCCAUUGUGCUUUGGACUCACUAUGGAUAUUUGAUGGAAAAACAAUAGACAAUUCAACCGAUUACCAACCUGAUUACCAAUUUUGUGGUUCACUUUUACCAGAAGACCAGAUAUUUGCUUCAUCCUAUGUUAACCUCAUCUUUGUGACCGACUCACAACGUAAUUUUCGGGGUUUCAAUAUAUCUUUCCAAGCAGUUGAUCCAAUAAACGCUGCCAUCCAUGAAUGUGACUUUUCCACUCAAUUUUUAUGUCAAAAUGGUAAUUGUCUCAACAUUUCCUUGAUCUGUAAUGGAGUUGAUGAUUGUUACGAUGGUUCCGAUGAACAGCCAUGCUAUCCUAAUAGAGAUAAAGACGAUGAUAAUAAGGAUAACAGGAAAUUAAUUUGUCCUUCUCAAUCAAAAGGAAGACUCUCAAUUAUCGGCGGAACAGCGUCACUUCCAGAUGAAUGGCCAUGGCAAGUAUCUUUAAGGAAAAGGUCCCAUAAUCACCAUUGGAAUCACAUUUGUGGAGCCGUUUUAAUUGACUAUUCAAUUGUUUUAACAGCAGCCCAUUGUUUUCAAAGUGAAACUCUCGAUAUAACCAAAUAUUCAUUGGCUUUUGGACAAUACCGAUUAGAUCCCGAUUCAAGUGAAACCAAUUUAACCGUAAGAUAUUUACGAAAAGUAACAAUUCAUCAUGAUUACCAACUGAAUGGAGUAAAUGGUAAAGAAGAUGAUAUUGCAAUCAUUCACUUGAGUUAUCCAGUUAAAAAUUUGCCCAAUAUUAAACCAGUUUGCAUUUAUAAUUGGACAAGAUUUGAUGAUUUACCCAAAUUUGGUUUUGUCACUGGCUGGGGUCAAGGUAACAGUGAUAUAAUUAAUAUCUUAUCCGAGGUUAGUUUACAAUUGAUAUCUGGUUCAGAUUGUUUCCACUAUUAUGGAAAUGAAUUUUUCAUUGAUACUGAUAAAAUCAUUUGUGCGGGUCGUAAAGAAGGCCACAAAGAUUCUUGUAAGGGUGAUUCUGGUGGUCCUUUGGUUGUUAAUAAACAUGGUGUUUGGUCCUUAAUUGCUCUUGUAUCCAGUGGGGUUGGUUGCGGAUUGCCAAAUAAGCCAGGAAUUUACACCAACAUCGGCUAUUAUAUUGGUUGGAUUAAUGAGACAAUCAGGAGUAUCGAUGGACGUUGAAUUGCAACCAUCCUUCAAUGAAGAAACAAUGCUUAUUUUUGGGCUAAUCUAAUUAUCUACCAUUCAAUGGAUAUAAACUGCUCAUCGUCGUAUUAACGCAUUAAUGUCAAAUCAAUCAAAAUCAUGAUCCAGUUCUUGAAAUUUCCAUCAAAUUGAUCGGCUACAAUCACAAUAUAAAUUGUUACUGAAACAAUAAAAUAAAAUAAAAGAGAAAAUUAUUUUUCAAUAA